CAGCACAAAUCAGUUAGAUAUCAUUCGCAGUUCAGAACUCGUCCUAGUGCAAAGCAAAGUUUGCUAAACCCAACCUAAACACUCAAAACCUAUUAAAAUGGCUUUCAUCAAAUCGCUUGUGUGCCUGGCUGUUAUCGGAGUUGCCGCUGCUGGUGUGGUCCCACUCGCCACUGAAUACCAGGGAGACUACUACGCUCACCCCAAAUACUCCUACAACUAUGGUGUUCACGAUAGUUUGACCGGAGAUGUCAAGUCGCAGGUUGAGAGCCGCGACGGUGAUGUCGUGAAGGGCCAGUACUCCCUGGUUGAGCCAGACGGUUCCGUGCGCACCGUCGACUACACCGCCGAUGAUGUGAACGGAUUCAACGCCGUCGUCAGCAAGUCGGCCCCGUCCGUCCAUGCCAAGACCGUUGUUGCCCAUGCCGCCCCGGCCGUCGUUGCCCACGCUGCCCCAGCUGUCGUCGCCCAUGCCCCGGCCGUAUACCAGGCCCCGGCCGUCUAUGCUUCGCACGCUGCCCCAGCUGUCUACGCUUCGCACGCUGCCCCAGCUGUCUACGCUUCCCAUGCCCCGGCCGUCUAUGCUACCCAUGCUGCCCCAGCUGUCGUUUCCAAGACCGUCGUGUCGCACGCCCCGGCCGUGUACGCCAGCCAUGCCGCUCCGGCUGUGUACGCCUCGCACGCCUAUGCCCCAGCUCACGGAACCGUUGAGUACCAUGGCAAGGCCGCCGCCCCGCUGGCUUACUACCAUGUGAAAAGUUGUCAAAAGUUUGAAACGGUUGAAAGUAUAAAAAUGGUUGCUCGCGUCUGUGCUACAUUGCUGCUGGCUCUGGCCAUGUUUGGAAGCUGUGCUCUGGCUCGUCCCGGAUACGCUGUUGAUUACUAUGAUCAUCCCAAGUACGCUUUCAACUACGGAGUCGCUGAUCACAGUACCGGUGAUGUGAAGUCGCAACACGAAACUCGUGACGGAGAUGUUGUAAAGGGACAAUACUCCCUUGUCGAACCGGACGGUUCCGUGCGUACCGUGGACUACACCGCCGAUCCGAUCAAUGGAUUCAACGCGGUAGUGUCGAAGACGGCCCCGCUCGUUCACGCUCAUGCUCCCGUCGUUAAGCACGUUGUCCCGGCGGUGAAGGCCGUCCACCACCACGUACCAGCCGCUCCCGUUCUACAGAAGGUCGUCUAUGCUCACGAGCCACUCCUUCACGUUGCAAAGACGGCCCACUACACCGAGCACGCACCGGCCGUACACUACGGUGAUUACCACGAUGGAUACUACGGCCACUACGAUGAUAGCCACUACUACUAAGAAUCUCAUACAGGAACGUGUCGUAGCCGGUUUUGUUUUGGGACAGAAUCAUCAUUUGGGGAAAAAAAGAAUAUCUGCAACACUAAAGCGAUAAGGUGCGUUUUGCCGAUCAUGAAGCUGUUCCUCAACAGAAACGAUGCUUUCGCUACGGCACUCAUCUUACACGUUUCACAUUUACACCCUCACAACCAGUAUUGCAUAAUUGCAUUAGUUUGUAUCAUUAGAUGCGUAAGUCAAUCGGCAGGAGAACGACAAGUGUAGGAAGAAACCGCCGCAUGUAAAUAAUAAUAAUGAAGAUGCUGUUGAUAUCUGCCUCUUAAAA